UUACGAGCUCUAUGUAGCCGUUUACGGAUGAUUGAUCAUCUAGCAGUGCGCACGCCUUGCACAUAGGUUCCUCGCGAAAGUAAUGGUGCUGAAAGAAAUACGGAAUCUGAUCGUAUUACGUUUCGACUGGAUUGAGGAAGUGUCGCGAUCCACGGAAGCUGAUAAAUUUAAUGAACAGUAAAGUCGACAGGAGACAGUACGCUGUUAUGCGCUGCUCGUUUUCGUGGCUAAACUUUGAUCAGACGUAGAACUUCGUCGUAUUGGGACUCCUUUAGAUCCUGUAUCGUGCAGUUGGCUGGCGAGUCCCACACCAACGGAGUUUUCAUUCGCGCUUCAACCUGCAAGCUGAACUCGUCGGUUUCGCCUUGAGCGUCCAUGUUAUAUCCACUGAUAAAUCUUGUUUAAAAAUUGAUACGAGAUCUGCACGUGUCGGAACGAGGCUGGAAACAAAAAUUCGAACGCGUGUGAACAUAUCGCGGAAGUCAAUUGCAGUCGAAGUGUUCCUACAAGAUUCGAAGACAUCAAAUUUGCUAACCUAGUAUCAUGAAAGCAAAAUAUCGAGUGUAUUGAUCAAUUUGUUCGAAACAUUAAUAAAGAUGGCUCAGCCACGUAAACUCAGUUCAUAUACUGAAAGUAAGUUGAAGAGAAGCCUGCCGCUGAAACAUCCGCUGUCUUUGGACGCAGCUACACUGUGGGAAAGAAAAUCGAAUGGUUAUCGAAUCAUCGGCCUCCGUCUGGACAAAUUCAUGCAAACAAUACGCUUUAUGCUAGUACAUUACUGCACGAAGUACAGUCUACAUACACGUAAUUAGUAAAAGCCAACUAAUGGAUAACGUGUUCGUUUCGUUGAUCAUUUUUGCUCAUCGGAACCAAUGUGCAAAGCUGUUCAUUUGGUCGAGGACGUUGCAUCCGUCAGGGCUUGCAUAAACAUUAUUUUUGCCAAGAUGCAGGAAAUGCUUAGUUUCUGUGCCCUUCGAGAAGGGAGUAAUGAAAUGGUAGGCGUGCUGAUCGCGUCGAAACUAGACAGAAACCAAAUGGAGCUCAAAUUAAAGCCAAGUCAGGGGGACGCGAUUCAUCAAAUUGCGAAUGUGAAAUAUUACGCUAUAACGGAGGCGCUGUUUUACGAAAACGUGGACGCGGAGAAGCUGAUUCACAUCGACCUUCUGUGCGUGAAGCCACAGCACCAGAAACGAGGCGUUGGUACUUCGUUGGUGCGUUCCUGUAUUGCCCGAGCGAUCAAACUGGACGCCGGAUGCGUCGGGGAGUUCACGUGCGACGCUUCACAAACGAUCGCUGAAAGACUGGGAUUCGAAGUUUAUUCGGAAAUCCCGUACAAAUUCAUGGGCUGGUUGCAUCGCAGUUUUGAAAGGUUCGAGACUUGCCAGACUGAGAAUUAUUCUCUGGUUUGCAUCGCGAUGGUGCCACCGCCGCCUAGAGUCGUGUCAUUGAUCAUUCCUCCAGCCGAGGAUACUAAACAACCACCGAAACGACGGAAUAAGAAUGAUAAGAAGAAGAAGAAGAACAAGAAGAACAAGAAAGUGAAAAAGAGAUAAUUUGUUUAUUUAUUCGCAGUAUAUUCGUGUUCACGACGUUACGCUAUUAUUAUAAAUAACCUUUUGGAAUUA